AGCCGACAUACAACACCUCACUUAGGAAGAAAGAAGAAAAUAGAGAAGAGAGAGUGAGUGAACAAGGGUGAAGGAAGAGGAAGGAGGAAAAGGCGCCACCGCGUAUGGUCCAUCGCGUCUGCACCGCUUCGUUGUUGUCGCAAAGCAUUUGUUCGGCCCUUGUUUGCGAGGCUUCCACCUCUAUUUUCCCGAGCUUUUGCCUUUCUUUUAUCAUGCAUUCACCACCAUUUUGUUAUGCUUCUUCCACUUCUCCAACCAUCGUCUUCUAUCUUUUGCUCAGCCUCUAUUUAGUCGCGUGUUCGAGCCUCUAUUCAGUAUCCGUUCUGCUGUUGUUCAGCCUCCCUUUUGCCGCUGUUCAGCCAUCUCCAUCACGUUUUGAAGUUCCAGCUCCUCCUUCUUUUGUUGAAUUUCAAAACAUAUGAAAGCUUUUAGUUAUUUUAAGUUUUCUGAAUUUUUUGUGUUUCUGAUUGUUAUUUCCUUAAGAUUAUUUCUGAAUUUGUUCUCGAUUAUGAUUUUUUAUCUAAUUAUUUAGUUUCACUUUUUUGGGCAUAUUUUUACAGUUUGGUAAGUGAAAUUCUUUUAAUUUUGUUGUUUUAUUAUCUCUUUUAGUUUUAUUCUAUUGCAGCAUUGAAGUAGCUUGUGCUGCUUAUCCUACUACUGAUGUGUUCAUCAAUUUUGCAUCAUUGAGAAGGUAAGUAGUAUUGUGAUUUUGAAAUUUCAACAUAUAAAGUAGUAUUGUAUCAUUAUGUCAUUCUGAUUUAGAUAGUUAGGGUUUAUGAUUCGUUGAUUUAAGAUUUAAGCUUUAUAUUCAUUGUUGCUGGUGCUGUCGAAUUGAAUUGGAGUUAAGCUUUAUUGUGUGUCUGGAUGACUGCAUCUCUGCCUCUCUAAUCUCUCUGGCUCACUGCUAGUUUUCUCCACCUUUUUACUAUCAGUUCAAGUAAGGACCUUCCCUUUAUCCUCUUCAUUUCAAUGUUCAAUAUCUUAUAUUUGUACUAUUUUUUUUGCUUUGUUCUGAAUAUACUUGUGAUGUAUUAUUCAUGAUUCUGUUGAAAUUGAUUUAUAAAUCAAAUUUGUGAUACUUAUUCUGUGUUGAAUUUUUGUUCUGAGUUAUUAAGUUAUUAGUUUGUAUGAUUGAAUAUUUUCUGCUACAUUAAACUGAAUUUAUUUAUUAAAUUUUUUAGAUAAAUUUCUCUUGUUCUGUAUCUUGUUUUGAAUUGAUGAAAAUAAAUGAUGGAAUUUUUAUUGCUGUUAAAAUUUUUGUUGUUGUUGAAUAUUCAUUUGAUUAAAAAGAGAAAAAAGGAACUAAAAGAAAAAGAAAGAAAGUUAUUGUAUUUGCUAUGGGGAACCGUGCCGAUGAGGCAGAUCUGGGAGCAGUGUGGAAGUCAGUUGCUAGUGGCGAAGGUGAUAAUAUCCGCGCUAAACUUGAUGGUGUGGAGGGCAAGGAGGAGCGUGAAGCCUCUUAUGCACCCGGCGAGCAAAAUCUAGCCGGAAAAGAGAUUGGCAGAGGUGCGGAGAAUUGUUCGAAUAAUAUAGUAGAGAAAAAUAUUCCACCAAGUGUAGUUAAUGAGAUCCAUACUAGUUUGAACGAGAGUGGUAAGCAUCAUGUUAGCAUAUGUCUGAUGAGGGGUGAUGCAGUGCAAGAUUCAGAUUUAGAUGAUGAGAAUACAAUGGUGCAGGAAAUUGGGUUGGAUGAUGAAGGGGCUGUAAGGAACUUGGAAGAUUCGGAGGACUCAGAGCAGGAUGCAGACGAUGAAACUAAUCAAGAUGAACACGGAGGAAGUUGGGAUAAAGAUAUGGCUGAAAAUAGGGCUGCUUGGGAUCUGACUGUCAAAUCAGGAUCUAUUUUAUAUGAUGAGGAUAAGGAUAUUAUGGCUAUUCUCCAAGCUCAGAAUGAAGUAUUGACACAAAAAAGAAGGCAAGCAAAACAGAAAGAGAAAGCAAGAAGUGCGCAUACAAGGGAAGAGAAGCUUGCUGUGUGGAAAGAGUUGAGUUUUUUAUUGGAAAUAUGUCAGCUUCCUCUUUGCUACAUGGGUGUCUUUAAUGAGGUUGUGCAGUUGGAAGAAAGAAAAGGCGCUAGUGUGUUAACAACAUUAUCAAACUGGUGGAUAUAGAGCUAAAUGACCGUAAGUUUACGUGGUUCAGGGGGUCAAUCGUGCAAUCAAAUUAAUAGAAUAUUGGUGAGUUUGGCUUCAUUGUUAUCAUUUGGAGAACUUGGUUGAAAAGGAAUGACAGAAUUUUCAGGAAUAAAAAAUCAAGUGUUACAGAAGUAGUUAAUAGGUCAAUUAAGAGUUACAAAGAGUGGAGUGAUAUUUGAUCUUUUGGGUUGUUGAUGAUUUUUGUCGAAGAUGAUUAGGAAUUAGUUUAUUUUAUCUGUUUAGUACUUUUCUGUUGAGACGUUGAUGCUCCGCCUUGUUGUGUUGAGCUUUUUAUUUUUAAAAAAAAGUUAGUGUAUUUGUUGUUGGCCUAUUACUGCUA